GGACUCCAGACGAGAAAGCGGCCAGCGCUGCCACGCGUUCUGCGGCCGGCCGGUGGGGGCUUCUGGGAAUUGUAGUCGUUGCGAGCGGGCGCCGUCGGGAUGGAAGCUUCCUGGCGCCAGGUGGCCGGUGGCCGAGGCCGUGCCCGAGGACGGGCCACCGCCGCCCCCUCCCCAGGAAAUGGAGUUCCUUUCCGCGGCGCGGGAGGAGGGCGAGAGAAAGGGUCUGGGGGUGCAGUUCAUGCCAGCCCCGGAGGAGCCGCGAGCACGGCGGGUGGCUGCCCCGUGGGACCUGAAGCACCGCAGGCUUCUGUGGCCACUGAGCUAAUGUCUCAGCAGAAAUUUGAGGAAAUCAAGAAAGCUAAUCAAGCUGCAGCCAAAAAACUAAUUGAAGAACACUUUAGCUCUUCAUCUGAAGAAGAAGGAGAUGAAGAUUUUGAAGGAAAACAGGGGAAAAUAGUUGCCAAUACAUUUGUAACAUAUACUACUCAGACAGAUGGAGAUAUACGUGAAUUAGAGCGAACAAAACAGUAUGUAAAUGAAGCUUUUCAAGCAGGAGCUAUGACAUGUUUAAUUUGUAUUGCUUCAGUGAAGAGAAACCAAGCAGUUUGGAGCUGUUCAGGAUGUUUCUGUAUAUUUCACAUGCCCUGUAUCCAAAAGUGGGCUAAAGACAGCCAGUUUCUUGUAUCUUCUUUGACAGAUGAUGAUUUUGGCAAGAAAGAUUAUCCUUGGCCUUGUCCAAAAUGUAGGUUUGAAUACAAAAGGUCAGAAACGCCUAGUAGGUACUAUUGCUAUUGUGGAAAAGUAGAAGAUCCACCUUUAGAUCCGUGGCUUGUGCCUCAUUCAUGUGGCCAAGUAUGUGAGAGAGAAUUUAAACCUUCUUGUGGUCAUAAGUGUUUACUUCUCUGUCAUCCAGGUCCCUGUCCUCCUUGUCCAAAGAUGGUUACAACAACUUGUUACUGUAAGAAAGCAAAGCCUAUCCCUCGUAGGUGCAGCACCAAGGAAUGGUCCUGUCAGCUACCAUGUGGACGCAAGUUGCUUUGUGGGCAACAUAAAUGUGAAAAUCCUUGUCAUGCAGGAAGUUGUCAACCCUGUCCAAGGGUUAGUAGACAAAAAUGUGUCUGUGGCAAAAAAGUAGCUGAAAGAAGCUGUGCGAGUCCACUGUGGCACUGUGAUCAAGUAUGUGGAAAAACACUGCCAUGUGGUAAUCAUACAUGUGAGCAAGUUUGCCAUGUUGGUGCUUGUGGAGAAUGUCCUCGAUCUGGGAAAAGGUUCUGUCCAUGUCAGAAAUCAAAGUUUUCUUUGCCUUGUACAGAAGAUGUACCAACUUGUGGAGAUAGUUGUGACAAAGUCCUGGAAUGUGGAAUCCACAGAUGUUCACAGCGUUGUCAUCGAGGUUCUUGCGAAACAUGUAGACAAGAAGUGGAAAAACAUUGUCGUUGUGGAAAGCAUACAAAACGAAUGCCCUGCCAUAAACCUUAUAUAUGUGAAACUAAAUGUGUCAAGAUGCGAGACUGUCAGAAGCAUCAGUGUAGGAGAAAGUGUUGCCCUGGAAACUGUCCACCUUGUGAUCAAAAUUGUGGACGGACUUUAGGAUGUAGAAACCAUAAGUGUCCGUCUGUCUGCCACAGAGGCAGUUGCUAUCCAUGCCCAGAAACUGUAGAUGUAAAGUGCAAUUGUGGUAAUGCAAAAGUGACAGUACCUUGUGGCCGAGAACGAACCACAAGGCCACCCAAAUGCAAAGAGAUAUGCAGUCGACCACCAACAUGCCAUCAUACAAGUCGAGAAAAACAUCGUUGUCAUUUUGGUCCUUGUCCACCAUGUCAUCAACCUUGCCAAAAAGUUUUGGAGAAAUGUGGUCACUUGUGUCCUGCUUCAUGUCAUGAUCAAGCAUUAAUAAAGCAGACAGGCAGGCACCAACCUUCAGGUCCUUGGGAGCAGCCUUCUGAGCCAGCAUUUAUUCAGACUGCAUUACCUUGUCCUCCAUGUCAAGUUCCUAUUUCUAUGGAAUGUCUUGGGAAGCAUGAGGUGAGUCCUGUACCAUGCCAUGCUGUUGGACCCUACUCUUGUAAGAGAGUUUGUGGACGAAUCUUAGCUUGUCAGAAUCAUACCUGUAUGAAAGAAUGCCACAAAGUAACUGAAGUUGAAGGCUGCGGUGACAAAAACAAGGCUGGCCCAGAAUGCCUUCAUUGUGAAGAAGGGUGUUCUAAAUCACGGCCACCAGGUUGUCCUCAUCUGUGUGUUUUGCCAUGUCAUCCAGGAGAAUGCCCUCCUUGUGUUCAGAUGCUUAGAAUAAAAUGUCACUGCAAGAUCACAAGCCUAUAUGUGGAAUGUCGAAAAAUAACCACAGCUGAUGUAAAUGAAAAGAACCUCCUCAGUUGUUGCAAAAAUCAGUGCCCUAAAGAGCUUCCCUGUGGACAUAGAUGUAAAGAGAUGUGUCAUCCUGGUGAAUGUCCCUUUAAUUGCAACCAGAAGGUAAAACUCAGAUGUCCUUGUAAAAGAAUAAAAAAGGAAUUGCCAUGCAGUAAAGUACGUGAAAAUCAGGUUUCAGUAGAAUGUGAUGCAACAUGCAAAGAAAUGAAGCGGAAAGCAUCUGAGAUAAAAGAAGCAGAAGCCAAAGCUGUUCUUGAAGAGGAAAAACGAAGACAACAGGCUGAACUGGAGGCUUUUGAGAACAGACUGAAGGGUCGUCGGAAGAAGAACAGGAAAAGAGAUGAAGUGGCAGUUGAACUAUCACUUUGGCAAAAAUAUAAAUAUUACCUCCUUCCAGUGUGUGGAGUUACAGUCGUGUUAUUUGCAUGGUACAUUGCCCAUGAUGUGGAUUAAAAAAUUUUUUAUCUUUUAAUAUACCUCAGAUUGGAGUUAGAUCAGUUGUUAAAUUUGGACUAUUAGAAAAUGUAUAUUGUGGGCCAUGGUAUAUAUUCACAUUCAUCUCUGUAUACUCCUCUAGAUAUUGUAAGAAAGUCAGAAUGUUAAGCUUUAUCUUCAUUAGUAUAUUAGAAAGGGCAGUAUAACACUGUCUAAAAGCAUGAUUGAAAUUGUAUAUUGCAUAAGGCUUAGUUAGUGGUAAGAGUUACAUGUUGAUAUUCAUUGCGCUUUCUUGUAUUUAGUUGUUUUAAUAUUUCAAACGAACUAUUUUUUUUUUUUUUGGUAAAUUCGGGUGAAACAGCCAUAUAUACAAUAAAAGGACCAUUUCUCCAUGUUUUGUUUUCAUAUUGGCUACUUUUCUUGAUCAUGUGACUUUGUACCUUUUAAAAAAGGUGAUACUCUACAACAACUCUUGUAAUGUGAAGCUUUAUAAUUAGAUUUCAGAAGUUAAGUUUGUGAGGAAUUUUUAUCCAUUGUUAAAGUGAAAUUUAUUUGUUUCAACAAAUGACGGACUAGGUUCCUCCCAUGGCUGUUUCUUGUGCAAGAAGCUUUUAACUAAAGUUUGCAUGUUUUAUGAAACUUGUAUGUCUCUUUUUAAGAUAGUAAUAAAAGGAAAACUAAUAUUUAUGAGCAAUAUGUGCUGAGCACAGGGGUUAUAAGUUUUACAUACUUGAUUCUUAUUUCUCUUUACCACAGUCCUAAAUAGAUUACAGCUAGAAAUAAUCAGUUCUUAUGAAAACAAACUGGUGGAGAAGUAUCAUCAAGCCAAAUCUAUUUGAAUUGUAAGUCAUUUUAAAUAGUUUUGCUAUUUAAUUUUUGUAUGAUUGUUUUCAUUAAAAUUUUUCAAACCAAA